AUCUCGGCGAGUCGAGUUAUAAUAUUCAUCUUAGUCAGUCAGUUACAUCCAGGUGAUAAGAGGCAAAGUAUACCAGCACAAACGCUUACAAAUGCACAAACAAAUAUAAAUUUUCAUGGGAUAUGUCUUUCAAAUAUUUACAAGACGGCUACGCUAUGGCUGCGAGUGAAAUACCAAGCCUUGAGAAAGGUACUGACGAGGAGGAUGCAAAAAACUGUUUUGCGUGCAUGGAAAGCAAACUUAAUUCAGAGGCAGGGCUAUUCUGCAAGGACUGUACACAUUUCUAUUGUAGCAGCUGCGUAAAUAAGCACGACAUUUUUUUUCAAAGACAUAAACUAUCAUGUGAUUAUGACACAGACAAAAGGGGAAUGAUUGGUGCGUCUGCAAAGGCUAAUAUGUCAGAGAAUUGUGAGAAAAUCCAGCUUAUUACAGUGUCUAAGUUUACGUCGAAGACAAGCGAAUAUGUGUCCGCACAGGAUUGCCCGACCGCCGAGAACAUCCUUAGAAAAUGUGAUAUGCACCCAUCACAGGAUUUGAUUGCAGUCUGUGAAGAAAAAGGGUUAUUAUGUUGCAGCAUUUGCAUGGCAGAUCACAGCGGUUGCAAACACGAUGACCUGUCACUUGUAGCGAAGGGAUGUCAACAGGUUCCAGCGUUUUCGAACCUGCCAUUCGAAUUAAAAGAUAUGUUAUCAUUAUUGGAAAACACAAUGCUUGAACUUUCCGAAGAGAUGGAACUCUUUGACCGUAAUGCGGACGCGGUUAAGAAGAAUAUACAGGAUUGCAGUUAUAUGAUCGCUCGCCUUAUCAACAAUCUGCAAGGCCAAACAUGUAAUGAUGUCGAAACAAUAAACACUUCCAGAGCAAGGGAACUUCUAGCUAAAAAGAAAAGCUGUGAAAGCCUCCAUUUCAAGUUAGAAUCUAUUUCAAAUGUCGUUGCGGUGAGCACAGUUGAUGACACAACAGCGUUUAUUGGCCAUACAAAGGGAAAUUCGCUUUUAUAUCGUGCUAGAUCGCUAAUAAGAGAAAUUGAAGGCAGAUUGAGAUGCGGUAUUAAAUUUCACGCUGAUACUGAAAUCCAUGAGAUGUUGUCGAAAAAGCAAUUCUUUGGAGCAGUCGAAAGCUUUGAGCUGACGUUCGCAGAAGCGAGUAAAUCAGAGGAAAACAUAACAAUGGAUUAUUCCUGGUUUUGAUAGAUUAUGGACUAAAUUCCAUGAUCGAAAAAUGAAUAGUGUCCCUAGAUAUUUUUUAUGAUAAAGUUUGUUUUCUUCACGAUCAUCUAGUAAAAACAACAUACGUUUUUAAUGUAUUACUUCUUUCAUAAAAAAAAACAUACGCGCUACUGGCAUGUGAAAGUAUUUUCUUCCUUUUUCGGCAUACUACAGCUAUCGGGGUUCCAAAUAAACCCUUGGACAUCAUCGGCACAUAAUUAAUACAAAUACUAUUAUUAAUAUUUCGUUCAUGAUGCAUAUUGCUAAAAGGUAUAUAUGUGUCUACUUAAAUACAAACAUGCCGUGAAACGUUCGGAUGAAAGAUCGCAGUGGUGUUUCGAUUGAUAGGACACUCAUGAGCAAUUGAUUUGAUUAUUAACAAUGUUCUAAUUGUUGUUCUCAUUGAAAAUUAUAAUUAAAUUAGUUUAAUAAGUAAUUAGCUUAAUAACAAAUUGCAUUUUAUAUGCUUAUAGAUUUGUUUUAAAUAAUGUGCAUAUGGUGGCUUAUGUGUUAAGAUGUUAAUUAUUCCUUUUUGUCGUAUGAAUCAUAUCACUGCGAUGUCGAACGACCGACUUAUUUGUAUAUAGAUAACUUAUUGCGUUGCAGUUUUCGUACUUCAACCAAUAAGAACUACAAAACAAGAACGUCACGCUUAUGAUAUUCUGUGAAUGGAAAAUCGUAUGGUUUUUUUAUGAAAAGUUUCGUUGUUUGUUUUUAGCGCGGCAAGGAGUAGAUCAAGUUUAAUGCUAUAAUAUUUAUUUUCAAACGUAUUAUUAUUAUUUACGUAUUAAUGCGCUUAAUGCAUGUGGACGCUUUCAUCAUCAUCUGAAACUAACGUUUCUAAACAUAAAAUCAAAAAUAAAUUACGUAAGGUAGAUAUUUGUUUUGUGUAUUGAUGUGACUUCACCCGUACGUCACACAUGUCAUUAUAACAAUAAGGUUUCGAGUGUUAUUUUAUAGACGAAUAGAUAUGUAUAAGAAAAACUAAAUGUUAAUGCUAUGACAAUACGAAGUGUAGACAUGAAAUAUCUAAACAUUGCAAUAUAAAAGUGCAUUAACUGAUUACAGAUAUACAUGUCCUAGUGAGUAUAUAGUUUUAGUGUUGAAUAAUACGUUAAUGAGCUAGGAUUAGAAAAUAGGAACAUAACGCUUCAUGUUUCCAUUAAAAACACAUAUUAUUCUGUAAUUACAAGUUGUAUUCAAUUUAUGUGAUCAUGUUUCACAUGUGUCUAUAAUUUCUUGAAAGCAAACACAACCAACAAACAGAACAACAGCAACAACCAAAUACAAUUUGAGAUAGCACGAUACACAUUAUUCGUGUUUGUAUGCUGAGUCAAGAGCUGCCAUUUAAAUAGUGACAACGUUUACCUUGACUUGUGUCGGUAUAUAUUAGGGGUAAACUUAAAUAAAAUAAAUGUUUUCGACUGUAAAUUUUAGUGAACAACAUGUUUAGAUGCGUAAAGUAAUACAAUCGACUUAUUCAAAAUGGUAAUACACGAUACAUGUCCGUUAAAUAAUUUGCUAGGAAAUACAUUAUUCGAAUAAAACAAAUAGAUAUGUAUUUGUAAAGAGAAUGUUACAUUGUGUUAGUAUACCGCACCGAGGAAUGAAAUUUACACAAUCAAAUUAAGAUAAGAAAAUAACAUGUUUAAACAUAAUAGACCAUUUAUCUCAUGAAUAACCUUCAUAAAUAUAAACGUUUUUUGGUGUGUUCUAAUAGUAAUCAAACCCUUCAUGUUAAUGCUAACGAGCAAUACACACUUCGGGGGUGCGGGUGCUACGUGCCUUCUAUACACAUUCUGUCAGCUCAAAAUGAAUAACAAUUUCGUUUUGUGUAAACGUUGCUUGAUUAAAUAAACAUUUGAAACAGUUA